CAGUGGAAUGUAUGGAUGCCACGGGACAUCUCUGCCAUGACCAAUUCCUGUGUAGUCAUUCCAUGCACAUUUAUGUACCCCUCAGGCGUCCGGCCCUACCGUGGUGUGCAUGGAAUCUGGUACUUUGGCCAACCCUAUCCGCAACUUUUCCCUCCUGUAGUAUUCAAGUCACGCACGGAUAUUGUGCAUGAGAGCUAUAAAGGCCGUACCAAGCUCCUGGGUGACCUGACACAGAAGAACUGCACCCUGCAAAUCAGUAACAUUGGUCCAGAACACUCAGGGAGGUAUUACUUCCGUGCAGACCUGGGCGGGGCCAAUAUGUUCACCUACCCAGACUUCACUGAACUCAAGGUCCUGGAUCAGCCUAGUAUUGAUGUACCCGAGGAGAUAGUCAGCGAUGAAAGUCUGGAAUUGACUUGCUAUGCCCCAGACAAUUGCCCAGAUAUGAGUCCUGAGAUUCACUGGAUGUACACAGACUAUCUGCCAGAACCUCUCUUCACUACAGACUACGUAGAAGAGAGCAACACAGCUGUGCUGUCCAGCACCCUGACUUUUACACCUCGACCUGUGCACAAUGGCCAGCUCCUGGGCUGCCGUGUUCACUACCCUAACACCACGUUCAUCUACGAACGGCUCAUUUCGCUGGAUAUUAAAUAUGCCCCACGCUCAGUGUGGGUGAACAUCUCUCAGGAGGUAAUGGAGGGCAGUUCAGUUGUGCUCCACUGUGAGAUAGACAGUAACCCAAUGCCCAGAAUCUCUUGGCACUUUGGAGAUGAGGAGUUAUCAUCAGACUCAGCCUUCAAUGCCUCGCUCUAUCUGGAGGACCUGACUCCUGUCCAGGAGGGUGUCUACACUUGUGUGGGUGAAAAUGACUAUGGGUCCAUGAACACCUCCAUGUACCUAGCCAUAAAAUACCCCCCUCGAGAGCCAUGGGUGAACGAAUCUCUCACUGUGCAGGAGGGCUCCUCUCUGGCCCUGCACUGCAGCACACAGGGCAGCCCUGCACCCACGCUGACUUGGCUGAAGGAUGGGGAACUGGUGGGCACCAUCACAGCUGAUGAGCUGUCUGUGCUGGAACUGGUAGAGGUCACGCCGCAGGCCCAUGGCCACUACCGCUGUCUGGCUGAGAAUGAAUACGGCCGUGCCAGCAGCUCACUCAACAUCACUGUUGAGUUUGCCCCAAUCUUUCUGGAUGAUUCCAAGUGCACAGUGGUUCGAGAGGGUGUGCAGUGUGUGUGCAUGGCGACAGGAAACCCAGAGCCUGUUAUCGAGUUUUACCUGCCUGACCUUAACAUCACCAUCAAUGAAACGAAUGGACGCUUCAGUUAUUACACUCACACCGAUGGGUACACCUCCACUGCUGUGAUAAAACUCCGCGGGAAGGGUGAACAGGCGAACAAUGGAGGCACAGCCGUGCAUGUGCACUGUAGCAUGUCCAAUAUGUACGGGGCAGAAACAAUCCGACUGGAGCUACAGCAAGAGAAGAAGUAUAUGAUGGCUGUGAUUGUGGGGACAAUUGGAGGUGUGGCAGUCAUUGCCUUCAUCAUCGCAGCAGUGAGAUAUGUGGGCCACAACAACAAAAAAGAGAACGGGAAUCCUGGGCAGGACCUGGGAUCUAAACCGGAGAACCCCUCAAUGUUCUACAGCGCAGUCAAGAAGGACAAACAGAGUCUGAGGAAAAAAGUGCUUAAGACUGAGCUCCUGGGCUCUAAGUUUAACUCCAUCCUAGAGGAGAGUUCUACGGGAGAGGAAGGAGAUUCUCAACCUGUCAGCUCUAUGGCAAGCCUGGAGAGACAGGAGCUGAACUACGCUGCCCUGUCAUUCAUUAGAGGGUCUCCACGAGGCAGGGCAACAGGGACUAGGGAAGACAGCAGCGAAUACACUGAGAUUAAGACCAAAUAG